AAGCACGCCUCGCGUGUCGGCAUAGGUCCGGCGGAUCAAGACGCCCCCUCCCGUCAAGCGCUGCGCAGCUCGCCUCAUCAUCAUCAUCGUCGUCGUCGGCGCCGCUCGCUUCUCUCAACUCUCCCUAGGUCUAGAAGCAAGGAGAAGACCUAAAGCGCAAAAAGGGAAGGAAAAUGCAAAGGGAAGGGGGGUAUAUUCCUUGGCGGCUGGGAAUGGAAGCGUGAACAGGAGGAGCGAGCACAGGGGCGAAUCUUUCCAGCAUUGUCGGUCACUCUCACAGCAAUCAGCAAUGUGUGCCAAAUCCGGGCGCUGAAUGCGGCGGUGAUGAGAGAGUUCUAGGGUAAUUUGCAGAGGAGGUAGGGCGCGGCCCUCGCGUUGCGCAAUCUGGCCUGUAGCGGCAGUGGCAGCGGCCGCAGCUGGUGGGCAAAGGUUGGUCACAGGAAGUUGAUGGCAUGGAACGCGUUCAAGCUUUGCACCGGUCUCCGGGUCGUGGGAUCCGUCAUGAUCCUGGUGGUUCUGGCCGUUGUCUCCGUCUCCUACUACGCCAUCGUCGUCGCCAAUUACGGCCCCGAUCUGUUCAAGGCUGGAUAUCACGCCCCGGUUGCCGCGCUCGUCAUUGUCGCCUUCCACCUCUUGCUGGCAAUGGUCCUCUGGUGCUAUUUUGCAGUGGUGUUCACGGAUCCAGGGAGCGUCCCCUCGGACUGGAAGCCCGCCUCCGCGAAUGAGGAUAUGGAAGCACAGAACACGCUCCUGUCAUCGCUGCCCGCCAACUCGGCCGCAGUCCUGACCGCGCCCACCACCCAGAUGAGCACCAGCCUCGACAGCUCCAGGAUGCGCUUCUGCCGGAAGUGCUGCCAGUUCAAGCCUCCGCGCUGCCACCACUGCUCCGUGUGUGGACGAUGCGUCCUCAAGAUGGACCACCACUGUGUCUGGGUUGUCAAUUGUGUUGGUGCUCGCAACUACAAGGCGUUUCUACUUUUCCUGUUCUAUACAUUUCUUGAGACAUCACUGGUGUCGCUCUCGCUACUACCACACUUCAUUGCAUUCUUCACAGAUGCUGAUGACGAGCCUGCUCUUCCCGGGACACUUGCGACCACCUUUCUCGCAUUUGUCCUAGAUCUGGCCUUUGCACUCAGCGUACUGGGUUUUCUCAUCAUGCACAUAUCUUUAGUCGCUGGAAACACCACCACCAUUGAGGCUUACGAGAAGAAAGCAACUGCAAGAUGGCGCUAUGACCUUGGGCGUAGAAAGAAUUUCGAGCAGGUUUUUGGCACAAAGAAAUUGUUUUGGUUCCUUCCCAUGUAUGCGGAAGAGGAUGUUAGAAGAAUGCCAGUGUUCAAAGGGCUAGAGUAUCCUGUGAGAUCGGAUAUGGAAGGCCAGGAGUUUUGAAUCAAAAGGCACUUUGUAUUUACCGACUGCUCCUUUAAUUCAACAACACGCGCGCGCGCACACCCAGCAGCUCGCUCGACCGAGACAGUUGGUAUGCUGCGGUUCUUUUUAUCUA